CCGGCAUGACGUCAUCAUCAUCACGGUGCUGGGCCGCAGUACAUGUGUGUGUGGAUGAUAAAUCUUACUGAAUAAAAGAAGAAUAAACCUGUUUAUCUUCGUUAUUAUCAGUUAAAGUCUCAACAUGCCGAAGAAGAGCAAAGAAGAAGCGGAAUGGGUGGGCGAUGAAGCGGCUCCUGCGGCCGUUGAGAAGACGGUGAAGAAAGGGAAGGGUGCAAAGAAAGGCAAAAAGAGUUUCUUUGAGGAGCUGGCCACGGAGAGUAAAGAUGAAAAGAUGGAGGAGGCGUCUGUGAAGGAAUCCCACAGUAAACAGCCUCAGAAAAAGAAGAAAGACCGGCGGAAAGCAAAAGCAGCAGACGAUGAUGACGACGACGAGGAUGUCAUGCUGAAGCUGAAGAAGCUCUCAGUUCAGGCCAGUGAUGAGGACGACGAGGACGAAGAGUCAGUCAUCGUCCCGAGCAGAGGCAACAAGAAGAAAAAGGGGGGAAACAUCUUUGCAGCUCUCAGUCAGAGUGGUGAUGAAGAGGAGGAGGGUGAUGAAGACGAGAAACCAGUUAAAAAGGAGGUUGAGAAAGCAAAGAAAAAAGACAAACCAAAGCCCAAGAAAGUGAAGGCUCUGUCUGAUGAAGAGGAGGAGAAGGAGAAGGAGGAUGAAGAGAAGAGUUCACAGAAGACGACGACAGAGGUUAAAUCGAAGUCUCCAGAGAACGAUGCUGUAGAGGAGAAGCCCAAGAAGCCGAAGAAGGAACAGCAGAAGAAAGUGAAGCCUGUCGAAAGAAAACCCAGUGAGGAUGAAGAGGAGGAGGAGGAGGAGGAGGAGGAGGACAGUGAUGGAGGAGACAUGAUGAUGAGUGCUGAGGAUGCGUUAGCUGAACAGUCAAAGCAGCAGGAAGACGACCCGUUCGCCAACCUCAGCAAGAAGGAGAAGAAGAAGAAAAAGAAGAUGAUGGAGUAUGAACGUCAGGUGGCCAGUGUUCGUGCUCAGAACGCUCUGGAAGGAGACUUCUCCAUCUCUCAGGCUGAGAUGUCGUCCAGACAGGCCAUGCUGGAGAACGCCUCCGACAUUAAGUUGGAGAAGUUCAGUAUUUCUGCUCAUGGUAAAGAGCUGUUUGUCAACGCCGACCUUCUGAUUGUGGCCGGGAGAAGAUACGGUCUGGUCGGACCCAACGGUAAAGGGAAAACCACGUUACUGAAGCACAUCGCCAACAGAGCGCUCAGUAUCCCUCCAAAUAUCGACGUGCUGCUGUGUGAGCAAGAGGUGGUCGCUGACGACACUCCGGCGGUGCAGGCGGUGUUGAAGGCCGACACUCGGCGUCUGAAGCUUCUGGAGGAGGAGAAACGUCUGCAGAUUCGUCUGGAGCGAGGAGAGGACUGUGUGGCUGAGAGGCUGGAUAAGGUGUACGAGGAGCUCAGGGCCAUCGGGGCCGCUGCGGCGGAGGCUAAAGCUCGUAGGAUCCUGGCUGGUCUGUCGUUCACCCCCGAGAUGCAGAACAGACCCACCAAGAGGUUCUCUGGAGGCUGGAGGAUGAGGGUCUCUCUGGCCAGAGCUCUGUUCAUGGAGCCCACCCUGCUGAUGCUGGAUGAACCCACCAACCACCUGGACCUGAACGCCGUCAUCUGGCUCAACAACUACCUUCAGGGCUGGAAGAAAACUCUCCUCAUAGUUUCUCACGACCAGAGUUUCCUGGACGAAGUUUGCACGGACAUCAUCCAUUUAGACUACCAGAAGCUCUUCUACUACAGAGGGAACUACUUGACCUUUAAGAAGAUGUACGUUCAGAAACAGAAGGAGCAGCAGAAACAGUACGACAAACAGGAGAAGAAACUCAAAGAGCUGAAGGCAGGGGGCAAAUCCACCAAACAGGCUGAGAAGCAGACAAAGGAGGCUCUGACCAGGAAGCAGCAGAAGGGGAAGAAGAAAGGACCUCAGGAGGAGGAGAGCCAGGACGCCACAGAGCUGCUGAAGAGACCGAAAGAGUACACCGUCAAGUUCACCUUCCCCAAUCCCCCACCUCUGUCGCCCCCCAUACUCGGCCUGCACAGUGUGGACUUCUGCUACGACGCUCAGAAACCGCUCUUCAAAAACGUCGACUUUGGAAUCGACAUGGACUCCAGGAUCUGUAUUGUGGGUCCUAACGGGGUGGGGAAGAGUACUCUGCUGCUGCUGCUCACUGGGAAACUAAACCCUACUAAAGGAGAGAUGAGGAAGAAUCAUCGUCUGAAAGUGGGCUUCUUUAACCAGCAGUACGCAGACCAGCUGAACAUGGAGGAGACCGCCACUGAGUACCUGAUGAGGAACUUCAACCUCCCCUAUCAGGACGGCAGGAAGUGUCUAGGCAGGUUUGGACUGGAGAGCCACGCCCACACCAUCCAGAUCUCCAAACUCUCAGGAGGUCAGAAGGCUCGAGUUGUGUUCGCUGAACUUUCCUGUCGUCAGCCCGAUGUUCUCAUCCUGGAUGAACCCACCAACAAUCUGGACAUCGAGUCGAUCGACGCCCUCUCAGAGGCCAUCAACGAAUACAAAGGAGCGGUUAUCAUCGUGAGUCACGACGCUCGGCUCAUCACAGAGACUCAGUGUACGAUGUGGGUGGUGGAGGACCGCAGCAUCAACCAGAUCGAUGGAGACUUCGACGACUACAAGAGGGAGGUGCUGGAGUCGCUGGGAGAGACCAUGAUCAACAAGGUCAACCCCUGA